GCACGCACGGCAGACGCCCCGGUCGCCUCCUCUCUGUUCUUUGCGCGGUAGAGAAAGCCGGCUAGCUUUGCUUCGCCGAGAACACGGAGCUCAGCCUGCUCCCAGCGCAGCUCAGAGCCAAGCCAAGAGGUGACCCCAGUCGGGGGACCACCUUCUUUCUCCGCUGCCUGCCUAACCGGAGACGUCCCGUUCUAUCCCAUCCCCCGCCCUGAACUCCGAUCUCUCUCCCCACCCCACCCCUUGGGGGUUUCACGCGGACAGCGCCCCGGAGCCCAGGGCGUGUCAUCGGGUUUGUAAUCCACGUUUCAGCACUUCGGACAGCGCCCCAGGCUCCCGGGCUCCUUGGGCUUUCAGGAUGGCGAGCCUGCAGCAGGGCGAGAAACAGCUGUUUGAGAAGUUCUGGAAAGGGACCUUCAAAGCAGUGGCCACUCCGCGUCCCGAGAGCAUCAUCGUCGCCAGUAUCACAGCCCGCAAGCCGAUGCCAAGGACAGAGCCCCAGAGCAGUCUCUUGCUCCCAGAUCAGGAUGGACCUUCAGAAAAGCUGGGCCAACAUCUGGCCACUGAGGCCCUGGGUACCAACAGCUGGGGAAGAGAGAAGGCCUGCAGGGAACUGGGUCCUGCCAGAGCACACAGUGCCUCUCAAGACAGAGACCCGACACCACCACCUUCCUCCAGGGGGAAAAAGAAAAAGAAGAAAUCAACCAGGAAAAAGAGGAGGAGGUCCCCAUCCUACAGCCCAUCACCAGUCAAGAAGAAGAAGAAGAAAAGCUCCAAGAAACAUAAGCGACACAGGUCUUUCUCCAAGAAAAGGAGACACAGCUCCUGUAGCCCUAAAAGCAAAAGACGGGAAGAGAAGAGGCACAAAAAACAAUCUCGAAGCCGGAAGUCUCACCGACAUAGACAUCACCGAUGCCCCUCAAGGUCCCAGAGUUCGGAACUGCGCUCCCCCAGCUGCGAGAGCAGGCAUCGAGGUCGGUCCCCUGAGGAAGGGCGGAAAUCCCGCCGAACACACUCCCGCCGCUGCUCCAAGAACCACUGCAAGGUCAGCCCAGAUGCCCGGUCCAGCCACCUGCCCAGCCAGCCCCUCCCGAGGCUCGGCUUCCUGUCAGCCAGGGGUGUAAUCACUGGGUCGGGGUCCGCGGCUGACCUCUUUAGCAAAUCGGCCAGCCCGCUCGCCGCCACCCGAGGGCGCUCGCAGGAGUACGACUCGGGCAAUGACACGUCCUCGCCGCCCUCCACGCAAACCAGCUCGGCCAGGUCUCGGGGCCAGGAGAAGGGGAGUCCCGGUGGGGAUCUGAGCAAGAGUCGGGACCUCAACUGUGGCAACACCUCCGAUUCAGGGAACUCCUUCACCACCUCCUCCCCCCAGAACAAGGGGGCUGUCUUGGAGAAUGUCUCUCCCGCCUGCAGAAGCAGAGAGUCAAGAGGGUUUCAGUCCCCAUGUCUCCAGUGUGCAGAGGUGAAGAAGUCUAGUUUGGUCCCAUCCACAGCCCGGAGCUCCCCCAUCAAAGAGUGCUCCCGUAGCUCCUCCUACACCAGCACUCGAUCCUCCAGUCCCUCAUCCAGGUCCCCAAACCCCAGAGCUUCCCCCAGGUACACCCGGAGCCGGUCCACCUCCUCUGAAAAAAGGUCCUACUCUCGAUCUCCCAGCUAUUCGUCCAAGUCUGGCAAGAGGAGCCCACCUAGCAGAAGCUCCAGGUCUCGUCGAAGUCCCAGCUACUCUCGCUACAGCCCCAGCAGGGAACGGGACCUAAAGUAUGGUGAGAAAGAACCACAGCCCCGAGAACGUGCGCGCAGGAGGCGACGGUCCUACUCGCCCAUGAGGAAGCGCCGGAGAGACUCCCCAAGCCACCUGGAGGCUCGGAGGAUAACCAGUGCCCGCAAACGCCCCAUCCCCUACUACCGACCCAGCCCCUCCUCGUCCAGCAGCCUCAGCAGCGCCUCCUCCUGGUACAGCAGUAGCAGCAGCAGCAGUAGCAGCCGCUCUGCCAGCCGCAGUUACUCCCGGAGCCGGAGUCCCAGUCGGAGCCACAGCAGCCGGAGCCAGACCCGGAGCAGGACGCGGACCAGCCGCAGCUCCAGUUCUCGCAGCCUCAGCCUGGGCUCCCGGAGCCGCAGUCGGAACCGGAGCCUGAGCUACAGCUCGGCAGAAAGCUAUGCCAGCACGAGGCGCUAAGCGAAGGCCCUCCGUCGAGGCAGCUGCCCACCGGGAGGACCCCUCUGUACUCUGCAGUCUCCUUUUACUACCUGCCCUUCAGACCAUCUUCCGGGUGACAGAUACGGAAUGCUCCUGGUUCCUGUCCUUUAUGCUUUCCUGGGAAGGUGGCAUGGGAUAUAGGGACUUCUAUUCCUUUGCCAAGCUGCUAGGAGCCUCUCUACCAGCGCCAUCCUGGGGCUCACCGGGGUUAGAUGGAGAAAGCCACCUGUGGAAAGCUAUAAUCCAUGACUCAAAAGUUUGGGCCUGGCCAAGACAUGUGGAGACGGCUCUGUUCCACUCACCCACUGCUCACAGUAUAUCUCCUAAAGGCCAGGGUUAAUCCGUUCCCCCUGCCCACCUCACACCCCGCCCUUGCCCACUAAUUCUGUCUUAUGGCUGCACAGUUUGGAACCAGUGUUGGGAAAAAGAAGAGAGCAAGAGUGGUUGAAAUUCAAGAUAAGAGCUCUGAGCUUUUAUCUCCAUCUCCUGGGUCCAGACAGGAGCAGGGGCAGGUGGAUGUUAGUGUCAUUGACGGUAGGGUUCAGGGAAAAUUGGAAAUGAGCUCGCUAUAGCUGCAAAGAGUCAGGUCAUCUGCCCUCCUAGUAUGUCAGCAUGGUCAGGGAAGGGAAUCCAGCAGGUUCCAACUCUGUGGUGGCCCUUACACGGGGCCCUGUGACACCCCAGGGACAAUAAGGUGACAGUGGAACAGUCAGCAUACCUUGGACAGCAGCCCUACUUCCCAAAUUUGCCUCAUCCCUGGGAGCUGGCACAAAUUUGAUUCCACGGGACCAUCUGCUGAGCAUUCUCAAUGCUGUGGCCAGCAGCCAGUCCCCAGCGCCAUCCAGUCUGCCCUUGCCCUCCAGUUGGCGCCUGCCAGCCCCCUCCACAGUGCCCAGUCUGCCACACUCUGGAUUCUACCCAGGGGCAGCCUGGCACCUGCUGCCCUACAUGAAGACCACUCUCCUUGCCUCUCAGGAAUUUUGCAAAGACAGAGCACGGCAUUGUAAAUCAGUGUUGUUGGGGGAAAGACUCAGAUACAGAGAGCCUGUGACAAAGGGACUCAAAUGGUCCCUGUCUCGGGCUCCUGCUAGCUUCUGAGUUUGCUGUCAGUUUAGAGAAGCCCAAUCAAAUUAGGGAAGUACCACACUUCAGAAGAGUAUAGAAGUACCCUCCUGCCCAGGGCUGACCAGCAAGGGUAAGCUGCCCUCUGAUAUAUAUAAAUGCCACUAGCUGCUUUGUCUGCAGAAGAUAUUGGGAACAGGCAGGCAAAAGAGAUGCUCCUUAAAAUAAACUCAUGGGCAUCCCCCUCACCAGCUGCCUGGCUUUCCUGAGCCUUGUGGGUAUCAAGUUUGUGAUGACAACAGUUGAGCAGAGCCAGAGCACAUGGAGAAAGAGCUUCUCUCCGGGCUUUGAAUAGUUGCAAGGACAGACAGCGUUACUUAGCCUUUUUGCCUCAAGGAAAACAUCUGGAGGUGAAGUGGGGGCGGGAUUCCCAUUAUUCAAGCAGUGAUCUUCCCCCAUGCCAAGCUUUCCCAAUCUAUCGUGGUGCCCGGGGGUUCAGUGAGCACCAGGGAAGUCCUUCAUCCAUCAGGAGAGGGGGAGUAUCAAUGGCCACAUCAUGGCUUCUGGCCCAGAUGGAAACUCCACCCACCAAAACUCAUGGAUACCUAUGCUGAUGCCACCACGGGAGGCCGGAGAGCAGGUGUCUGGCACAGGAGUAGGCGCCCUGGGAGGGCAUGUGCAGCAGCUGUAAAUAACCCUCGUCCCCACCCAGGAUGCCAACCAAGCCAACCGAGCCUCAUCUUUUUCAUGGAGACAAAGGCUUCCAGGAGCCACCAAACCCUCCUCUGCAGGACAGCUUAUGAAGGCAGGAGAGCCUGUCCGGAAAACACAGACUAUCUUCAUUCAAACCACUCUAGGGGACCAUUUUGCCUGGGGCUCCUAGCCAACUUUUUUAUUUAUUAGAUUUAUUUAUUUUUAUUUAUUUAUUAUUUAUGUGAUGAGCUCUCUCUCCUCACCGUUAGGGGUAUUUAAUUAUUUAUUUAUGUAUUUAUUCAGAGAGAUUGUGUACCUUGAUAUGUGGUCAUUUGUGUAUUUGGUGGGACCUUCUAAAUUAUUUGUGUAUCUUUUUUUUUUAAUCCUGUUGCUAUAGCUGCAGUGGAAGCCGAAGGCCAGAGGCAUCUUGGUCUUUUUCAUGAAUGCUCUAAGCCCCGAAUAUCCUGGGACUGUCCGAGAAGUGUACUAGUCCCAAUGCUUGUUAUUCAGCUUGAUGCCAGUGAGGUUUGGGCCUGUGCCUCAACCCCAUGUGCAUGUACUGCACCGUUUUCACAGAGAUAUCAGAAAGAUGAAGUCAGCCACAAAGAUCUCGUGAUCCUCAAUUCAGGGCUGGAGCCCAACAUUAACAUGUAAAGCUACACAAAUUUAAAAGAGCUAUGAAGGACUCCUUGAAUGGCUGCCCAAAGUCAGAAGUGCCAUGUCUUGGCCAAACAGCCCGCCUCCAGUGGCCUCCAAGAUAGAGCUGUUCCCUUGUGGUUGCGGGACCACAUGGGUAGGGAUAGUUUAAUACUAGCACAGCUCUUGGAGACAAGGUAUCAUUCUGAUGAAACAAAGUAUCAUUCUGAUGAUGUUUGAUGCUGGCACAUCGGGAGAGAAAAGAUAGGAAUGGGCUAACCCAGGGAAGACAUUGUGCUCAUCUCGAUGUCAGCAAAAGGGAUCCACUCCUUCCUAUGAGCAAACCUAGUCUGUUUCAUGUAUGUCACCCCUACCCGCUUCUCCUUCACUCCUAGCUUUUGAGAUCAGAACGUGUCCCUGCUUUGCCCGAGACAGACAAACACUGUUCUGAGAAGAGGGCACGGGCCAUCCUGGGGCAAACCCACAACCCAAAUCGAACAUCCUUUUGCUGUGAUCAGCAGCUGUUGCAUUAGGGAUGGCACAAAGCUACUUCUGAAACUAAAAAAUAAAAGGCAGAUGGAGGGACAGCCAGAUGCCCCCCCCAAAAAAAAAGGUCACUUCUAAGCUCAUGCUGGGAUCUAAGACCCCGAGACCUUUCUCGGUCUUGCCUUCCUAACCAACUGGCAGGGACUUUCGGCCCACUGGCUACAGAGAACUCUUGCCCUUUCAGAAGUCAUUCUCUGCUUCCUUGCGGGUGCCAGGUUGCCUGGUCCAGUUGUGGAUUCACCAGCACAUCCCUGGCUCUUCCCACCAAUGUGGUUUGUCAUGCUUUAAUCCAAGCUAGGGGAUAUUCUUCCCUGGGGAACAGUUUUCAGAAGGCUGUUUAGAUACCUCUAAGGCUAGGAUACACUGCUCUUCUGCUUCUCCCUCCCCUUCCUCCUCUUCCUCUUCCCCUCCUCCUCCAUUUCUCUCCCCCUCCUCCUCAAUCUUUCUCCCCUCCUCCUGCCUAUUCUCCCUCCUCUUCCUCCUUCUCUCCCCCUCCUCUCCUCCCUCCUCCUUCAUCUCUCACCCCCCAUUCCCUUUCUCCUCUAUACUGCUUCUCUUUCCAAGCAAACAUAGAACUCUUUCUGGGACAAUAAUAACCUUGGUUAAGUAGAACCAUUACACUCAGGUGUAUCUACUCACUGUACCCUCAUUCCUUUCUGCUUUUAGGGAAUAAAACCCCCUGAAAGUGGGUUGCAGCUGUGUUUGGACAGUGGCUAGCACUCUGUGUCGCAUAGGCUCUUCAGGGUGAUGGCUUAGUUCAGCCACCAACAUCCAAAAUGGGUAGAGUGUCUAGCCGGAGGUUUAGCUACACAUUGCCAAAGCCCCUUGACCUCCUGCUGCAGGCAUGCUCUACAGGAGUGAAAUGGGGCUAAUUGUUACUUUGCUGUAGGCCAGUGUUCCCACCUAGUGAGGUGGAGUAGUUGACAGAUAAUUCCAGGCAUUGGCCUGAUGCCUGAGAGAGUCAACAAACACAAUAGGUGUCCCAGAGACUCGGGGAGGAGAAUUAUCUUGAAAUGCUGCAAGAAGGUUCCUAUUCUUGAGACAAAACUAAAAAUAGCAUCUGAACUCCUACGAGAACACAAAGUAACCCCUAGUUGCCAGCAAAGCCCAUUCACGUCCACCCAGUCCACCCAUGGUGGAACCCAGUCCAGGUUCUCCUUGAGACCUCCUUGGAGUGUGACUCAGCUGUUCAGGAGCAGAACAAAAGGGAGAUGUUGAAAAGGAAUUUGGGCCUCAGUCCCAGAGAACCUCCAUCCCUGCGUUCCUCCCAUCCAGUCUCUUUCCCAAAAGGGUUUAAAGAAAUACAGAUUUGGGAUGCUACCAAAGGUUGAAGAAGAAAGCAGUGAGUUUUGUCUUUCUCGAGGCUGACUUCCAACAUUGGGGUUUUGUUGUUUGUUUUAGUUUGUUUGGUUGUUUUUUGUUUGUUGUUUUGUUUUGUGCUGCAUUUUUCUUUUCCUGAGGUGCUGAGGGUGGAACCCAAGACCUCAUGCACAUUAGGCAGAGAUUCUAGCGAAAGCAUCACGCCCUCAGACCUGGGCUAGAGUCCCCCUCCUUUCAUCCUCUUCUGCGUACAUUCUGAACAGUCUUCUCACAGGUGUCUGUGUCCCACCCUGGUUUUCCCUCUGCUGAGUAGAAAAUUUUAUUUGGUGAUAUGUGUAUGACAUAUGCCCCCUUCCGCUGGCCAGCCCACCAGAGACACUCUGGCCAAACACAACACCAUCGGACAACACUUUAAAGAAUGCUAUGCCUUCUCUGUUCGUUCUGUACCGAUGAGCCAAUGACAGUGACAUCAUGGUCACCAUCCCUCUGUCCUUAUUUUUUAUUUCUGUUUGUGUAUUUGGGUUUUUGUUGUUGUUGUUGUUUUAGCUUUUUGUUUUGUUUCAUUAUUCAUCUGUUUUGAUUUUGUGGUUUUGUUCUUUUCUUUUUUUGGCGGUUGUCAGUUUUGCACUGUAAAUACUAUGAUGUGAGUCUGACCUCAGAACAUGGCUUACUUAAUAACUUAUUAUUUCCUAUUUAUUGAGUGGUAUUGAAAAGUGAGGGGGACCAGCCCUCCUGCUGGGUUGUUAUUGAAAACCCACCCAUCUCUCAGCUCUGGGUGCUGCUGUCUGUGGUGGGGGAAUUAUCACCCAGGUAAUGAGUGCUAGACUUACCAGCCAAAUUGGAAUCGCAGAAACAGAGGCUUCUGUCAUACAAAUUAAGUCCAAAUGGAUCUAAAGCACUAGGGAAAAAAAAAAAAACCUCAUUUAGAUGGAACUUAAUUGAGGAACUCAAAUGCCUGUACUCGAACCAACUUCUAUUAAAAAAUCACAACUGAAA